CCAAGCAGAACAGAACAUCGCAGCUUAUCCAUCAUCAUCUGGAUAAAGCGUCAGAAAACACACACACAAACGCCACUCUGAGGCAUUUUUAUACAUUGUUCCACCUUAGACACUCUGCCACGCCUCUCUCUCAUAUCUGAAUCUGAUUCAUGGCUUUAGCACUUUCCUCCACCUCAUUGUCAACUCUUCCAAACAGAGAAAUACGUCACAGGGUUUUCCCCGAAAGAACUCCCACAUGCUUGAGUUUGACCAGAAGAACCCUUACAAAUGCCACAAAAGGAGUGUCUUCUGUCUGUGAGCCACUUCCUCCGGAUAGACCCUUGUGGUUCCCUGGUAGUUCACCUCCUGAGUGGCUUGAUGGCAGUCUUCCCGGUGAUUUCGGUUUUGACCCUCUUGGAUUAGGGUCUGAUCCAGAGUUGCUAAAGUGGUUUGCUCAAGCAGAGCUAAUGCAUGCAAGAUGGGCAAUGCUUGCGGUGUUUGGGAUUCUCGUUCCGGAAUUGCUUGAAAAGAUUGGUUAUGUUGAGAAUUUCAAUUGGUACGAUGCUGGUGCGCGAGAGUAUUUCACAGACCCUACUACCCUGUUCGUUGUGCAGAUGGGCCUCAUGGGCUGGGUGGAGGGUCGGAGAUGGGCCGAUAUGGUUAACCCAGGGAGUGUUGACAUUCAGCCCAAACUGCCACACCUUACCAACCCAAAGCCCGAUGUUGGCUACCCCGGUGGGCUUUGGUUUGACCCAAUGAUGUGGGGGCGUGGGUCGCCCGAGCCAGUGAUGGUGUUGAGGACCAAGGAGAUCAAGAAUGGUCGACUUGCAAUGCUGGCUUUUGUUGGCUUCUGGUUCCAAGCUAUUUACACUGGGGAAGGACCCAUUGAAAAUUUGAUGGCACACAUUGCUGAUCCUGGUCACUGCAACAUUUUCUCGGCUUUUACGUCGCGGUAGAGCAUAGCUAUAUAUGGUUUGAAGAAAAGAAGAUAUAUAUGCAUCCGCAAUGAAUAUUAUUGCAUUAUACUGCACCAGCAAUGUCCAUUAUUUACAUUAAAUAUGUACUUUAUUUCCUAAUCCGAGCUUUUCAAUUGGCACGAGGUUUAAUUUUGGUCCUUUUAAACAAAAUGAAAUUACUAUUACUUAGGGAAAAUUUUCGUGCAUGGCAUGGAUCAUUUUCUUUGGAACAGUGGAGCUCCAAUGUAAUGAAAUUCUAGGUUGCAUUAA